AUGUUCUGCAAGACUAUGGCCUUCCCUCAGAGCUUAAUUUUUUUACAAUUUUUUGUUAAAUCGUGUUACACUGAAACUUCUAGUAUUGAAGGUUUUAAUUUUCUCGAAUUAUUAAAAGACAUUAAACCACCAUGCACAAUAGAACAAUAUAUUCGAAAUGGUAGUCAGAUUCAAACAAUUCACACUGAUCUUAAUAAACUAUGUACAGACGGUACGUCAGAACAAAAGCUUUUGUGUAAGAUGCUAUUUGAUUCAACCAAAUUAGCAUGUCAAAAUAACGUAAAAAAUACAGCGAUACUCAAACGGAAAAUUAUAUGCAAUGGCACUCGCGCUCUGAGGAUAAAUAAGUGGAUAAUUGACAAAUCAAAUUUACAAGAUGAAAAACCAGAAACAUUAUGUCAGAAAGUGUGUACAAAAGAAACAAAAAAUUUAUGUCAACUUUUUUAUGAAUUAGGAGAGUCUAUAUUGAAAGAAGGUGAUCAAGUACGAGAAGAACCAGUCGAUAGUAAUAAUGCUGUUGAUGAUCAACAAAAACAAAAAUCUGCCGCAUCAUCUGCCAAUACCGUAAAUAAUCGAUCCUCAAGUAAAAAUUCGGUUAAUGGAGCCGAUACAUCAGAAAAUAGUGAUAACGAUAAAGGAUCAUAUUCUAGAACGGAAACCAAAGAUAAAACAUCAGAUGUUGGCAGAAAGUCUAAAAACAAUACGUCGAAUUUGAUCAGCGGUGAGUUUACAGUUUAA